AUGCAGAAGAAAAUUAACCUUUCAUGUCCAAAAGCAGCACUGUUUGACACUUACAUGCUCUAAAUAGUACUCUCACCUUUCUAUUUUCUCUGAAGCAAUAGCAUCGCACUCGUUCACCUCUUCUGACGCAAUCUCUACAACCACUAGCCUUCAUACUGGGAUGAAGAAAUCACGAACAGAUGAGAAGAUUCUCAGCUACAAUGAUGUGGUGCUUAGGCAAUCCGAUCUUGAAAUCCUUAGUGGUCCAUAUUAUUUGAAUGAUAGGAUUAUUGAGUUUUAUUUCAGUUAUCUUUCUUCAAGCCAUUCCUCUCAGGAUAUGCUGCUGGUUCCACCAUCCAUUGCAUUUUGGAUAAUGCAAUGUCCUGUGGUUGACUCUCUUGGUGAUUUCAUAGAACCUCUUCAUUUGCUUGAUAAGGCGCUGGUUAUAUUCCCCAUCAAUGACAAUGAUGAUGUUGACAGAGCUGAAGGUGGUUCUCAUUGGAGCUUAGUUGCAUAUUGCCGCAAUACUAAUGUGUUUGUUCACCAUGAUAGUUGCAGAGGUAUGAAUGCAGCACCUGCCAAAAAACUCUAUAAAGCUGUUGCUGGAUACAUGGGAUCCUCUGCAUCAGCUUCUGAGGUUAGCUUUCAGGAAUGCACUGAUUCACCCUUGCAAGAUAAUGGUUAUGAUUGUGGUUUAUAUGUGACAGCCACAGCAAGAACAAUAUGCAACUGGCAUGCAAAUCAUAAGAAUACACAUAGGAAUGAUAUGUGGUUUUCUGCUGUGAAGGAACAGGUUACUUCUUCUGCUGUUGCCAGCAUGCGAAGUGAGAUCCUGGCCUUGAUCAGAGAUCUAAUGGCAAGACAUUGAGAAUAACAUGUUCCACAUUAAAAUCUGUCUUAUUUGGUACUCGGUGUCUUGAAUUUAAGUUUGAGCUUCCUCUAUAUCUUGAUUUAUGAGAAGUGUGAAUUCGAUUGAACCACAACUUUGAAUUUCUUUG